AUGGACAAGAUCCAGCGGACGAUCAACGACAUCCGAACGGACACCAACGAGCUCACGGCCAGGACGGAGGACCCCCUGCGGACGUUCGCCAGAGCCGCGCGGGGGGCCCCUUCGCCCUGCUACUAUCAGUCAAACCACAACUCCGCAAGCAGCGCCCCGGCGUGUCCGGCCGAUCUCGACCGCGACCGCGCCCUCACCGUGAAGGUGGGUGAUCCCGCCAUGGCCCGGGACCUGCGCCGGCUCACGAACGAGGACCUAGUCAAGCGCGCUGAGAAACACCGCCGGCUGGCGGCUAUCACGGCCGUCCGACCGACCCUGGCCUCUAUCCAGUUCGUCGCGGCGAAAAUUCUGCGGUCAGGUGACCCGCGGCUCUUCCUCCGCAACGCCAAGGAAGUGGAGAUCGCGCGGACACACCGGGACACCUAG